GGUGGAGCGGGCGCGCGCGCUGGCGGGGGCGUGCCCCCUGUGUUUCGGUCUGAGGCGGCGGCCGUUCAUCCGUUGGCCACGAGCGUGUGUCCGUUCGCCCAGCCCGGUUCCGGGAGGCAGCAGCCGGUAACGAUAAACAAAGUUGAUUUUUUUUACUGCCUUGGCCAUAUUCAGAUUGGGAUCAUUCGAGUUUCGCACCAAAUCAAAGAUGAGCCUUCUGUUUUUUGCGCUGUUGUUUCUAAUGAAAGAUGAGUGUGUGUGCAAAAAGAUUCUGGUAACCCCACAUCAGUUGAAGGUGGACCCUGAAGCAUUUAUGAAUAUUCCUCAGCUUAUCUCCUACCAUGGUUACCCAAGUGAAGAGUAUGAUGUGGUGACUGAAGAUGGAUAUAUCCUCAGCGUAAACAGAAUUCCUCAUGGACUGGCAGGAACUAAUGAAGGAGUCCGACCAGUUGUCUUUCUGCAACAUGGCUUACUGGCAGCAGGAAGCAACUGGGUCACAAACCUGGCGAACAAUAGCUUGGGCUUCAUUUUAGCAGAUGCUGGUUUUGAUGUAUGGAUUGGAAAUAGUCGAGGAAAUACGUGGUCACGAAAGCACAAAACCAUUCCAAGGUACAAGGAGGCAUUCUGGGCUUUUAGCUUUGAUGAAAUGGCUACCAAGGAUUUACCAGCAGUGAUUGACUUCAUCCUCCAAAAAACAUCGCAACGACAGUUAUAUUAUGUUGGUCAUUCUCAGGGAACGACAAUUGGUUUCAUAGCCUUUUCUACAAUGCCGGAGUUAGCAAAGAAGAUUAAAGUCUUUUUUGGCUUGGCUCCUGUUGUAACAGUUAAAUAUUCUGUCAGUCCGCUUGUAAAACUUGGGCAACUUCCAGAGUUUUUGAUCAGAGCUUUGUUUGGAAAUAAGGAGUUCCUUCCACAAACUAAGGAAAUAACAUGGCUUGCUACACAUAUAUGUAAUCAAUUUUUAAUUGAAGAGCUUUGUGGCAAUGUAUUCUUCAUAAUAAGUGGAUUCAAUGAAAAGAAUCUUAACAAGAGCAGAAUACCAGUCUAUUCAGCACAUUGUCCUGCUGGAACCUCCGUACAAAACAUUAUUCACUGGAGUCAGGCUGUGAAAGGAGGACGUUUUCAGGCUUUUGACUGGGGUUCUACUUCAAAAGAUUUGGCACAUUAUAAUCAGACAAAGCCACCUUUAUACUACUUGAAAUCAAUGCCUAUCCCUACUGCUCUCUGGUCUGGAGGAAACGAUUGGCUAGCUGAUCCCCAAGAUGUAAACUAUAUAUUGAAACAUCUGCCCAAUGUUGUUUACCACAAGCAAAUCCCUGAUUGGGAGCACUUGGAUUUCAUCUGGGGUCUGGACGCUCCACAGCGCAUGUACUAUGACAUGAUUAGUCUCAUGAGAAAGUAUCAGUGAGUAGGAGAUGGUCUGCAAUAAUCUAUUUUAAAACUGGAGUUAAUGGACACUUCUCUUAUGAGUUGCUUUUCUUUUUAUCCUUCCCUUUAUUGCUGCAUUAUAUGGAUCAUAGAUGGUCUUAAACGAUUCUUAAUAAGAGAUAAUACAUUUAGAAUUAUUAAAGUUUUAAUAGUUUGUUGCCCAGAUUGUGCCUGAGUUCUGUCUUUAAGAAGUGUCUAAUCUCAUACCCGGAAACUCCGAACCCACAGUCAUAUUGCUGUGGCCAAAUAGCAAGCUGAGGCCUAAUUCUUCUUUAUGAGCAGGAUGAAAAAUGUGGAGUGGGCCUGGUCAAAAUAAAAUUAAUGGAGACUUUGGAACUUAUGCCCAUCUCCUCUUCCUAAUUAUUGGACUUUUGAGAUCAGAGAAUUAAUGUUUUACAAAAUUUCUUUGACUUGAUCAUUGUCUAAAUUGCCAGGGUGCUGCACAUGAAAGCCUGCUAGCUAUCCUUCUAUGCAUUUGGAUAAAGCCAUAUUUCUUCCAGUUUUAUUGCUGUUCCCUAUAAUGCCUGUUUGAAUCCCUAUAAUGCUUGUUUGAACCAGUGAUUUUUUUUUUUACUGGUGUUCAUUUAUGGUAUUUGGGAGCAACAACGCAAGACGGUACAAGUUCCUUGAAAAGGCCCUAAUGUUAGCAGCAUUUAUGGCACAUAGCUCCUUUUCAAAUGCAGAAUUGAAAGAACAUUUUCUGCUGUUCACACAUCAAACUUUCAGCUAUAUUUUGCUACAUGGAACAAUUGUGAGAACUUGGUAUUAUUUUGAUUGUGAAGUUGCUCGUUAAAUCUGGUUGGGGGGAAAAAAAAGUUGAUUUCUGAACAUUAAGUUCCAAAUCUGUUUACUAUAAAUUAAAAGCCACUUGCCUGAGACAGUCUGCACCUCUUAAUUCAAAGUCACUUGACAUAGGAACUUUAAUUUUCCAAAAAAAAGUUUUUGAAUUAUUGGGAGUAGAUUGUAGCAUCAUUCAUUCAAUGCUGCUGACCAAAUACUUGUUCUGCCUCAGACUCUGAACAUCAGCCUCUGAUAUGAAAAUAUGAAUUGUACAAUAUUGAGAGGCCCUGUGAUUAUGGAAAGUACUAAAUCAUGUAAACCAGCAUUCUCAGGAAAUUAAAUUGUUUGAAGUCAUUUGGUGAUUCAGGGUAAAUUUUGAAUGUAUUUUAAUAACACCACUUGAAUUCAUAUCUCAGGAUCGAUUUUUCACGUGUGGCCAAUUAGAAUAAUCAGAUCAACAUUUUUAAUGAAAAUUAGCCUGACAUUUCAGAAAAGAUCUGAUUAGUUGAGGUGCUAGUAAUUCUAUAAACAAUUUAAUUUUAGUUAACAAUGCUGUACAAUCAUAUGUUUGUACACUGACCUGAUGAUCACUGGCUUCCAGAAAAAGACUCAGACUUUCAGCUGAUAUUACAUGUUAAAGAUUGACAACUUGGUUUUUCAUACAAGUGCAUUUGCAGUAGCCUGAAUUCUGGCAUUGAUGGGAAAAUUAAAAUGGAACACAACUGAACUAGCUUAUGUUAGUAAACCAGUUCAUAAUGGGUAACUUCACAUAAUAUUUUAGUAAAAUAGCAGUAAUGAUCAAGGCAUUGAUACUGUAAUAAAGGUGAAUAAAGCUGGUUUGGAUAGCAAGUGUUGUGUUUGAGUGAUGCAAGUGCCUUUUUUUUUGAAAAUAUAUGUCUCAAAGCAUAAUAGAACACUGCUGAUUUAAACAACAAAUGAUUAAACUUGUAUGCAUAUCAUUUUGCUAACCUUUAAUACCAUGUCACAGUUUUGUCUUGCUCUUCCAGAUGGAGCAACAUCAAUAAAGUGAAUGAAAUUCCGACAAAUCAA